AUGCUUCCCGGCGCCCUGGCUUGGCCCUGCGGCAGCUCGGCUGGCCUGCUCAGCCUGCCCGCCCCGCCGGGCUUCGGCAACUUCGGCAAAAGUUUCCUGAUCGAGAACUUGCUGCGGGCCGGCGGCGGGGCGGCUCCGCAGCAGGGCCCUGCCGACCUGCCCGCCGCGCCCGUCCCGCUCAAGCUGUGCCCGGCAGCCGCCGCCCAGAUCAGCAGCCCCUGGCCCUUCCUCGCCCCGGGCGCCUCGACGGCGGACAGAGAAGGCAGCUUUGCGCCCGCAGCCACAGGUGAGCCAAGCCAGCAGGCGAGCUGGCAGCCAGGCAGGCUUCCCCGCUCCCCAACCCGCUCUCCGCCUAAAGCGAUCCCGGCUGCUCAGGAUCCCCUUGCUCGAUCUUGGGCUAGCUGCAGAUCCACGCGCUUCCUCCUCCCUUGCUCAUUUCAGGUUCUGCGGCUGGAAGCGGCGCGCGGGAGCGCAAAGCCCGGACUCGAACUUUCGCGUCUCGCUGGCGCAGAAUCCGGAGUCCCGCUUGCUCGCUCUCCGCGAAGUGCAAGAGGCUUUCGCGCUCCCGAUCCCCGCCGCACGCUCCGCGUCAGCUGCGCAAGAGCGAAAAGCCGCUCCCGGGAUCCGAACCGGAUCCUGUUCUCCACUUCGCACUUGUUACGUCUGCGCUCUGAAACGACGCGGAAACGCGCCGCCUCCGCCUUAAUCGUCUCUUUUUGCCCCCUUCCGUCUUAGAAGAUCGAUUUCUGUUUUAUUGAUUUCAUAAAAUUUAUACACCAAUUGAUAGAAUAAUUUUAUUUUUUUAAAAGCAGUGUAUUUCCUUGGGCUAUUUGAUCCAACGAUUUCAGGUAGCUUCAGUAAAAUAACUAUGCCAAUACCCACACCCCUCCCCCAAAUAUAUUUAAAAACUCAGUAAUAUUAGCGAACGUGAGUAAGUAAAUAGGGGGUGGUAGUUGUUCCAUAUGCGUUGGUGGUGAGCACUGGGGUUUAAAUGUGUAUUAUCUGUAGUAUUUGUGGGGUGAUCUCUUCGGGAUGCCAUGCAACUUGGGAGCAGCAGGCCUGUCUGAUCCACUUGCUUUCCACCAGUAAGCAGCAACUUUCCCUGUGGAUCUACCAGUUUAUGGACCCUUCCAGUUUCCCCUUGCUCUAGCUAGUACAGUGGUACCUAGGGUUACAGAUGCUUCAGGUUACAUAUGCUUCAGGUUACAGACUCCGCUAACCCAGAAAUAGUACCUCAGGUUAAGAACUUUGCUUCAGGAUGAGAACAGAAAUUGUGUGGCAGCGGUGCUGCGGCAGCAGGAGGCCCCAUUAGCUAAAAUGGUACCUCAGGUUAAGAACAGUUUCAGGUUCAGAACGGACCUCCAGAAUGAAUUAAGUUCUUAACCCUAGGUACCACUGUAUUCAGGACUCUGGUUAUUCAUUCAGGAUGAACGCAUCCCUACGGAAGUGCUUGCACUAGGCAUGUCACCCCAGCCAGCUGGUUUGUGUUUCUUGGGACCAGACCAGGCAUGAUGCUUUGUCACCUAGAUCAUCCUAGCCAUGGAGAUGAGGGGGUUGCAGGGCUGUGCUAUAAAUCGCCAUACCAUCUGCUGCUGCGGGGAAGGGCAGCACACACCCCACCACUGCUGGGAGGUAGGUACGACGGGACCCUCUGCCACCAUUAUAAUGGCAACAUAGAGGGCUUGGACGGCUUCACCUAGACGUGCAACUUUGCUGUGGAAGUUGUCCUCCACUGAAAGGAAUCCAGUGGUAGCUCAUUCCAUGGCAGGCCACAUUUUAUAAACGUAUUCAGAGGCCCACGUUGAGAGCUGAUAUGUCAGGAAGCAGCUGUCCGAGUACAAACCUGUCUAUCUGGGACAGUUCCAACGUAAUUUCUUCUGCCUGUUCCUGAGCUUAACUUUUCAGAAGUGCCAACCAGAAAGACUUGGAGGCUGUUGUGGUGAUAGAUAACAACUGAAUCCUUAGAAUCCUUUGGUAGAGGCGCUUGGAGAACUGGUGUGUGUGUUUAAAUAAGAACAGACUCUCAAGCUUGCAGAAGCCGAAAGGCCCUGUCAGAAGCAUCUGUGGAAAUGCAUGCCCUACUUCAGGUUUAGUCACUUGGAACUGCGAAAUGGCUUUUGGCAGAUCUGCUGUAUAAUAAAUGUCAUGGGACUUGCAGCCUGUCUUAGUUGUUGAUUCUCAUCUAUUUCUGUUCUCAAGCCUGCAAGCAAUUGGCUUCCAUGAGAGUCCAACUGCCAAUUAGAUGAGAGGAGAAUGGGCUCUUUGUGGGUGCAGUUUGGGGGGGCGUUUUUUUAAACAUUGCCAAGUCUUACCCUGGGUUUUCCACUGGGCAUGGCAUACUUUUCAAUGGCCGUGGACUCAGUGCAUCAGGAGUAGGGAACACAGUGCCCUCCAGGCUGUUGAAUCCCCAUCAACACCAGCCAGCAUGGGCAGUGGUCAGGAAUCAUGGGACUUCUAGUUCAGCAAUAUCUGGAGGCAAGCAGCGAAGAAAGCAGGGAGGCCAACAGUAGAUGGCACCAGAGUCAACGACAGGUGGAGCCAACUACUUCUAGUUUUGUUAAUGCUCUCCCCCCCUGUUGAGUUUUACUUGGUAAGAGCUGAGACUAAGGAGGAGGACACAGAUUGCCAGGGCCUAGACUCAUUGUAAGUAAGAAGGCAGGCAGGCAGGGGCUGGAUGAGGGCAGACUGUGGUUGGUUCAGAUAGUGUCCCACUUGCUCCAAUGGACCAGCCUCCAACAUCUGGAGGGCCACAGGUUCUCCAACUCCUGCUUGUUGUUGUUUAGUCAUUUAGUUGUGUCCGACUCUUCGUGACCCCAUGGACCAGAGCACACCAGGCACUCCUGUCUUCCACUGCCUCCCACAGUUUGGCAAACUCAUGCUGGUAGCUUCGAGAACACUAUCCAACCAUCUUGUCCUCUGUUGUCCCCUUCUCCUUGUGCCCUCCAUCUUUCCCAACAUCAGGGUCUUUUCCAGGGAGUCUUCUCUUCAUGAGGUGGCCAAAGUAUUGGAGCCUCAGCUUCAGGAUUUGUCCUUCCAGUGAGCACUCAGGGCUGAUUUCCUUCAGAAUGGAUAGGUUUGAUCUUCUUGCAGUCCAUGGGACUCUCAAGAGUCUCCAAUGAGUUUAAAUCCAUCCAUUCUAACUCUUCACCCCAUGAAGGAGCUUCACUCCAUAAAGGAUUUCCACAACUCUCCCCACCCAAGAGAUUAGGAUCCAGGUCAAAAAAUCCGGGUCUACUCCUUUGGCAUCUGUAUAGAGCAAGGCUGAGGGAACAUGUGGUCAUUUGGUGAUAAGAGUCCAAGAAUGCCUCUGAGGCUACAGGCUUCCCACCAUCUUAAAGCUAAUGCGAGAUGCAUGAGGUCGUGGGAUGGCAUUGCAUCUGCACCAAAAGGAGUCAGGACAUCAGGCUGAGCACACACUGGCAGGGGGCAAGGCCAGAAAGGGCUACAUGGAAGUCUGCACGGCCAUUUUGCCAGCCCUCCCUGGAUUGGCUUGACAGGCACCUGCCCAAUACAGGGCUGUGGUACAACCAAUUGCUUAAGGGAUGUUUCAUCUGCAAGGAGGAAGGUUUUGCCUGCAGAACAAAUUGAUGGAGAGUGACUUGCUCUUCUUCUUCUAGCUCUGCACUGAUCCUAUCAGAAGGGGAGUUUGAGACAAGGUGGCAUCACACAGUGAAGUAGAUUGGUCACAGCAUCAGUGCAGUGCAUGUAGAUCAUGCUCAGAAGUAUCAUUAUGAAAGGGGGAGGGGUCCUUAGGCUUGCCAAUCAGAUCUUAGGGCCUGGGUCAGGGAAAGGAACCACUCUGCGGAUUGCUGGAAGUAUGCGCUAAGGGUCAGCUUUCGAAAUUAGCCAGGUGCCAGGUGUAUUUUGUGACUGGGAAUUGUCAGAAUGUGAGCACUUUGAGAAGUCUUUUUGCCACUUCCCCUGCCGCAGCAUGAGUCACCCUUGCAAAAAGGGCAACAAGUCCUCUUCCUUUUUUCUGCCCACAGGCUAGGUUCCAGGAACCAUGUGGCAAAUAGCUUUUCUAUCCUAUGCUCAAGGCUCAUCUGUGUGGGAUGUAAUCCGUUGGGAGCAGUCAAUACAACAUUUCUUGUUUUCCUAGAGUGGACAUGCAAGGGGAUGUUGGUCCAGCCAGUUGAAACUUCCUGUUCUUCCUGGGCUGGAGCAUCCUUCCUUGCAUGUGACUAGAGGUGGGUGUGACCUUACCUGUCCAGGUAACAAAAGGACGAGUCAGGCAGUACUCUCUCUCUUUUCCCCUUCCUUCUUCGUUGGACCAGCUUUUUAGCUAGGAGUGUUCUGCUAGCUCUCAACUAGCAGAAGCACUGGGACUAUUCCCCAUAUAGGGUAGAUCCACGUGUACAUCUUUGUAACUAAGUCUGCCUUCAGGAAUCCAACUGUGAACUGAUGUGAGUAAACUUCUUUUAUUGACUUUAAAUAAGAUUGUCGUAUCUUUAUUCUUUUAAGAGGGAUUAAAGGGAAUUUACCAGAAACGCGGGUGGCGCUGUGGGUAAAACCUCAGUGCCUAGGACUUGCUGAUCGUAAGGUCGGCGGUUCGAAUCCCCGCGGCGGGGUGAGUUCCCGUUGUUCGGUCCCAGCUCCUGCCCACCUAGCAGUUCGAAAGCACCCCUCAGUGCAAGUAGGUAAAUAGGUACCACUUUAUAGCAGGAAGGUAAACGGCAUUUCCGUGUGCGGCGCUGGUGCUGGCUCGCCAGUUGCAGCUUCGUCACACUGGCCACGUGACCCGGACGGCGCUGGCUCCUGGCCUCUUGAGCGAGAUGAGCGCGCAACCCUAGAGUCGGUCACGACUGGCCCGUACGGGCAGGGGUACCUUUACCUUUACCUUACCAGAAACGCACAAUUCAAUCUUAGACAGACUGAAUUGUAUAAUAGUGAGAGGCUUACACAAGCCUGCAACCAGCUAUCUGCUGUGCAUGUAAGAAUGGGGAGUGUAACUCUGCUAUAUGAAGGAACUUGCUAGCGCAAGUUAGGAAGGAUAUUAAUAAACAAUAUAUCCUCUCCUGCCACCCUGAACAUUCCCACAAUGUGCACUUCCAUUUGUCUCACGAUUUCUAGAAACAGGUCUGAGAGGUUUUUCUUUCCCUGGGAAAACCUGCCAUUUAUUGCUGAAUUGGAACAGACAUCAGUUGGGCUUUUCUGCGGAUUGACACUUGUCCUAGGGGCAGCAGUGAGAUUAAAUAAAACAAUCUCAUUCCCAUAUGUAGAAAUCAUGGGACGAAUGCAAAUGUGCACGAGCCCUCAGUGUCCUGAGUCCUGACCCUUGGGGUGGGUGGGAAAAGUAUUGAUUCAGGAAGUACUCCUUCAACAUCUGAAAGGUGUGGCAGAAGCAGGCAGGGCCAAGUUUGUCAUUAGGAUUCCCAAAGGAGAUCAUAAGGUGGUUCCUGCUUGAUGAUAAUUCACGCUGGAGAUCUCUUGCUGAUAAUGGCUAAUAAAGUUAUCUGCCCUGGUUUACCUUCACUAUGUGCCCUAACCUUUUAUUCCAGGUGCACGCGCCAAUGUUAUUUCUUCUAUGGAAGUUUAGCUUUAAACAACUGCUGGAGUAUUUAUUUACUGCCAACACAGUCAGCCAUAAUUCCAUUAUGCUGAUCAUUACAUUGGUAACAGGCAUCUUCUUGAGUGGCUUCUAUAUGCGUGACAAAGGGAAGAGGACCAAAAUGGAAACUCAAAUCAGCAGAACUCAGAGAAGUCACUCUUGGCAAAUAUCUCGUCAGCUGCCUUCCCACACUGGAGCUCAAACUGCUUUUGAAAUGUGGUGAAUACAGUGGGGGAGGGUAUUUGGAAGAGGCAAGGAAGCACCACUUGUGCUCCUGCAAUCAAUUCCAACAAUUUGGUGCCUCAUCCUAAAGCAUCCUUAUUUUGGGAGUCAGAUGAAGGGAAACGCAGUGAGAUUUCUGGGCUGGUGCCUGUGAAGCAGCUGAGCAGAGACCCCUUCAAUCUGUCUGCAGCGAGCCAUUAGCAUGCAACAGCUUGCUGUGCAGGUAGGGCAAUCAUCCAAGAAAGGGUUGCACUUCGCAGUGCCAUGGAGAACAUUUCCUGAUCCACGUGGCAAGUCACACUGCACAAACGACUGGCAUGCAAAUAGCCCCUUUCACUGGAGCGAACUAUUGUUUCUAGGCAUUCUGUAUUAGGGUUGAGAUUUAAAAUGUGCUUGGUGGGUAUUCAAACAACCUUUGUGUGGUUGGAGCAACACAUUUGCUAACCUACAACGCUGGCAUUUUAGAGCCACCAAAAUUAUUCAGAGUAAAUAGCAUGGCGGCUUAAAACAGCCGUUGCUUGGGUAUUCUGCAAAAUUAGUUAUCAAAUUGGAGAUAAUGUCAGCCAAUGUUUCCAGAAGUUAGAAGCAUUAAUGAAUCAUGGAACUUAACCUAAGCAAGUGUACAAUUGACAAAAUAACUGCCAGCAAAUAAAUGUGCAUGGAGGGUUUAUCUGGUUAUAUUUUUAAGCAAUUAAUGAGAUGAAGUUUCGAUGAAGUUUCUUGCACAAGGAGAUGGCUUAUCAUUUCUCAGUGUUUGCAUUUAGGCAGAAAAAAAUGCUGCUCCCGUCACAGUGGAUGCCUAACAGAAUCCACUUUUUACCAAGAAAGCAAUGGUGAAACGCUAAUUGGCUUUAAUAGAUUUCUAUUGUAGCAUUAUCUAUACUUAAAAGUGUUGUGAAUGCCAGCAACAUUCAUUGGACUCAACCCUGUGUUUGCAGCUCUUCUGAAGCCCUUUUUCUUGAGAGCCCCGCCAGUUUAUUCGACGUGCUGCGGUGGGUCCUGUCAACACCCUGCGUCUCCCACUGCUUUUCCAAGUAAGUUUUUAUGCUUCAUCAGUAAUGCUUGAGUUAUUCUGUAAACCAAAGCAGCAGGAUUUAAUGUGCGCUGGGAAGAGGGGGGAAAAAAAACCUAAUUGGUGAUGCAAUGGCAAAGAGCUCAUGCCUCUGUAAAAAUCACAGCAAUUCCAUUCAGAAGGGUUCCAAAGAUUUAUCAGACUUCAGUACACUGAGUAAUUGUGAGAGAUUUUAAACCCCAUUGAGAGAAAGUGCCAACCAAGGGAGGCAUCUGGCUUUCAGAGAAUUGGGAAAAGAUCCACAAUUUGCUUUCAAGGCCUGAAUCAAUGGUCAUUCGUAAAUGGGAAAUGCAAAAACAAAAUGCCAGUCUUUUUUUAUUAUUAAAAAAACAAACAAACAAGCCAAAACCUAACUCUUAGGAAACAUAAGGAUUCUGUUUUUGAAAAGGGACAUUCUUUCCACAUUUUAAAUUUGGGUAUUAUAGUGCCAAAUAUUUUUAAGUCCCACAGUUAUCAGUGGAAGAGUUCUACAUAUGGAUAAAUCUCCUUAUUAGAGUUGGGAGGACUUGAAAAUGUAUGCAUAAUACCUUUUUAAAAAGUUUUCUUUCCGUUUGGUCAAAUAUGAAAACACGCAAAUAGGUGUGUAUACAAAAUUACAAAUUACAGCUCACAAAGGCAGCAGAGAAAUUUAGAAGAAAUUUCACACCAAAUUAAAGUCGUCAUCAUUACCAUGACUGUUUGUACUGUUAGGAUUCCUGAAAUAGCAUGUACCAGCAGAUAAUAGGGUUUUUGGAGCUGGGGGUGAAGUAAAUGGUCGUUUGCUCAGUAUAAGAGUUUGUUUCACUCAUCUGAUUGAAUCCCAUCCCUAUUUCAAAGCUAUUCAGAUUUUGCCGGUUUUGCUAAGCAUUUCCAGUGCUUUAGAUAUGUGCUUCUAGGUAGGUAGUGUUCCUAGAGUUCCCUGUGAAAGGGGUUAAUCAUUAAACCACUUUGGGAAUAGAUGGGCGGGGGAGGGGUCUCUUAAAACUCUGAGCACCUUUAGCAAACUACAACUCCCAAAAUUAUUUGAGGAAUGCCAUGACUAUUUGAAGUGGUAUCAUAGCGCUUCAAAUGUAUGGUGUGAACAUGGCCCAUGGUUUUUCUGAAACUAUUCCCACAUACUAACUGCAAACUAACUUGACCGUACUAUUCCGCCCCACCCAAGUCUUUUAUCUGAAGAGGUACUUUCUAUGAGUUUAAUUCAUGUUAUACCAUUUUGAUGACAUAAUUUUCAGGCUAGUCCAGUAGAUUUAGAUCCAGCAAGGUGAAAAGGUAAAGGUAAAGGACCCCUGGAUGGUUAAGUUCAGUCAAAGGCGACUAUGGGGUUGCGGCACACAUCUUGCUUUCAGGCCGAGGGAGCCAGUGUUUGUCCACAGACAGGUUUCCGGGUCAUGUGGCCAGCAUGACUAAACUGCUUCUGGCGCAAUGGAACACUGUGACAGAAACCAGAGCACACAGAAACGUUGUUUACCUUCCCGCUGCAGCAGUACCUAUUUAUCUACUUGCACUGGUGCAGUUUUGAACUGCUAGGUUGGCAGAAGUUGGGGCAGAGCAGCAGGAGCUCACCCCAUCAGAGGGAUUAGAACCAUUGACCUUCCGAUCGGCAAGCCCAAGAAGCUCAGUGGUUUAGAUGACAGCGCCACCUACGCUAGUCCAGUAGAUUUAGGUAGGCUAGUACAGUAGAUUUAGGUAGGAUCCCCUUUCUUGACACAUCUGUUUAGGUUGCAGAUGUUAGGAACCCAAAAGCUUCCAUCCUCACAACAACAACAGAAAUUCUUGUUGAUAGUAACUGGAAUAUCUGAAGGAAGUGAAACUGGGGUCAAAUGCUCUCAAAAAGAAUGAAUACAGUGAAAUAAUAACAUCAGAGCCCUGCUGGCUCUAGUCCAAAGUCCUAUUUUUUCAAUUGGAGCUUGCCAGAACUCAGUUCCAGCACCUCUCAGGUGGACACCAUUGCCAUUAUAAGAGAACAAGGGAGAGUGAGUUCCGGCACCUCUUUUUCUAGAAAAAUAGCACUGCUAUCAGUACUGUGGGUCUGAUUCUUUGGCAAUCCCUCCCGGAUAUGAUCAGAAAGACCCUCUUCCUGUUGAACUUCAAGGUACUUGACAAAGACCUUUCCUUGUCAUUUUAAAGUAAGUUAUGCUUUGACUCUUAAUGGGGCUGAUGAGCUUUCUGUUUGUUUUGAACACUUCUCUGUUUUGAUUGAUGGGUUGUUUCACUGAUCGCUCUGUAAACUGCUUGGUGGAAAGCUGCCCUCGAAUAUUGAAAAUAAAUCAAAUAAGCCAGAUAAAUCCAGUUCAACAUCCCGAUGCCUACGGGAAGACCCCAAACAAUAAUCUAAAUGCAUGCUGGAAGAUAUGGCUGCUGGAAGGAUCUCCUUGUGCUAGUGACAGAUUUCUAGGAGGCGGCUGCCUAGGUGGUUGGGGGGGCGAUGGUAGAAGAGGCUUCUUUAUGAAUGUUUCAGGAGGCUAGUUGCUAAGUCGAAUGAUUCUUGACAAGUGAGGCAGUAAAUGCUGCCAGUUUAAUGAGCUGCAAGUUUCAGAGCCGCUCUUUAGGGAGCUGACACUUUCCCACAGAGCGUUUUACAUGGGCCCAGCUACCUCACAAUGGGCAACAGCGCCGUGACCAAUUGCCACUUUCACUUUACUCAUCCACACGCGACCUCACCACCAUUUUUCACUGUGCCGAUGAACUUUAGGAACCAUUUUGGGCUGAAAGGGCCGGGCCAGGGGUCACUUGCCCUUUUGUGUGGCCAUAAAGCGGGGUUCUGUGCGCAGAUCUUUUCUCCUGUCUCGCAUUCCGCGAGGAUUUCUGGACACCAUUUAAAGCACUUGACUGAAAAAUAAAGCAGUGAAUGAAACUGACUUUUAUAGACUCAUUCUAGCUCAUCUUCCCAUAUAACCCUGUCUACCUGAAAAGGGAUUUAGUGAGCUGAGCCGAGCGCAUACAGGCACCCACUGAAUACACUGGGCCCAUUAUCAACUGCGGCAAUUGUUUAUUAACCAGGACUGAUACACUACUAUUUUGGAAGUGACCUAUUAAUUGUCCAUUUAACUAGAGUGUAUUGAAUUGCAAUGGAAAAAAUGGAAACCAUGACGAAAGCCUUUACUCGCUCCUUCAAGGUGGUCUCUGCCACAAAGGCAAAUGAAGAUUGUUCCACAGAUUAAGGAGACAUUUAUCACCAUAUACUAGAAUGCAAAGGAGAAGCUUUUCCCCCCAAAACUAUUUGGUACCAUAUUAGCGUUUGUGUCAACAUGGUAUUACAUCCUUCAAGGGUGGAGUUCAGCUGCACAGGCCUGCAAGCUUGUUGCAGCUGAUUUGUCCUGACAAAACCAUUGUGAUCUAUAGGUGAACUUAUUCUUCUGCCUACAGUAGAUCGGGGGUGAGGGGUGGGAAUCCAUAAAGUUCUUUAUCACAAUGAGGACAUUGCUCAGAAUGUAAGAUCUGAUUUAAACUUGUGGUUUUAUUUUAUUUUUUGUAGUGGUUAGCUCUAUACCUCCUGUUAAAACAGGUUAGAUUUUCUGUUUGUCUGAACUAAUCUGAACCAAUCAGAGAUUAUAGGAAUCUUGUGAGUUAUCCAGAGUUUUCUAGAAGACUGGGGCCUAAUUCAAAUAACUUUACUUGGCCAGCAUUCUGAUCACACACACUUCGGAAAGGGAUGUAACUGAAUGGCAGAGCAUGUCCUUUUCACAUAGAACAUCUGGGUUCAAUUGCUGUAGAAUGAGGUGUAAUAUUUAAGGACAGAUAUGUUGCAUGGGCUUUAGCUGCAGCAGUUUAUUGUGCUGCAACAGCAUCUCUGAAACAUAGCCGUAUGGGAACUCUUUGAAAUUGGCCUGCCAGGUUAUAUGCAGGAUUCCCACCCCCAAAAUCUGGCUAAUUGGAUCAAUGACACUAAUGUGCGCUGCUCCGUUUUUCUUGCUGCAGGACAGGAAAGUGUUCUGCCUCUUCUAACCCAGGAUUCCCGAUCCCGGAGAGGCAUUUUAAGAAGAGCUGUUUUUUCUGAAGAUCAAAGAAAAGCUUUGGAGAAAAUGUUCCAGAAGCAGAAAUACAUCAGCAAAACAGACAGGAAGAAACUGGCCCUCAGUCUGGGUCUCAAAGAGUCACAGGUACAGAGAGGUUUGGUACCUCGUCAGCUGUGUUCUGAACCUCUGCUCAGUGGCAGAGCUGCGUUGCUCUGCUACCAGGGGUGGAGAGCAGGCGGGGGCGUGGCUGGCGUCCCCGGAGGCGUGGCAUCCGUCUGCAAGGGUGUAGCGUGCCCUGGGGGGCGUGGCGCCUGGUGCGCGCACGGGGAGGUGCGCAACGUGUGUUGGGGGGGGGCACCACAAUAGCACCCUACAGGAAUAGUGGUGCUGGGGGGCGGUCUGCUCCCUCUGCACUCCAGUUCCUCCGCCGGUGCCGCUGCUCUGUUCCUUGUUUGAGCAGAAGUAUAACAGGGUUUUGUUAACCUCCUAAAGUGGAGUUCAUCUUGGUACGUAAGGGUGGCUUUUGGUUAGGCUCAGAGAGGGGAAUGAAAAACUUAAGGCCUCGGUCCGGUAUAUCUGAAAGCGUGUCUCCACCCACAUCAUUCUGCCUGGACACUGAGGUCCAGCGCCGAGGGCCUUCUGGCGGUUCCCUCACUGCGAGAAGCCAAGUUACAGGGAACUAGGCAGAGGGCCUUCUUGGUAGUGGCACCCGCCCUGUGGAACUCCUUCCCACCAGAUGUCAAAGAGAACAACAACUACCAGACUUUUAGAAGACAUCUCAAGGCAGCCCUUUCUAGGGAAGCUUUUAAUGUUUGAUGUAUUACAGUAUUUUAAUAUUUUGUUGGAAGCUGCCCAGAGUUGGUAUUAUAUUAUUAAGGUGCAUAAGGUAGGUGGAAUUAUCUUAAGAAACCAACAAUAAUAGUGUCGAAUUACCCCACCAACAGGUCAAAAUCUGGUUUCAAAAUCGAAGGAUGAAAUGGCGAAACUCCAAAGAAAAAGAAGUGCUGUCAAACAGGUGCCUGCCAGAGGAAGGUCUUCAAGAGACCUACCUUUCCAAAUCUUUGAAUUUUACCUCCUCGCCAUGUCCUGUUUGGGAAAUAGCUCAACAGCAGUCAGGUCCAAGAUGGCAGAGCCUCCCGGAACAUUCUGAGAGACAGAAUGGCAGAAGCAGCUUGCAGAUACCUACAAGAGCAAACUCCUCUCCUGAUACAUUACAUUUGUAUCGAGAACAAGACAGCACAGAGAAGGACGUUGUAUCAUUUGGGGUGGGGGGAACUGAUGGAGCAAAAUGA